AUUUUGUUUUUCUUUUUUUAGAUUUUUAGAUGAAAUAGUUUAAUUAGUGAGUAAUUUAUCUUCAGGAUGGACAAGAAAACAAAAUCUUCAGGUGGAGUUAAGAGAUCCUCAUCUGAAAAAACUCCUAAGAAGAAGGAUUCCCCUAGUUCAAUAAGAAGGAAGCCAAUGAUAACAGAGAGUGAUAGUGAUGAUGACUUUAUACCACCACCUACCAAGAAACCUCCUGUUACUGUGAAGCCCGAGCCACCUGCCACUCCUGUUAAGAGAAAUGUUCCUCCCAGACCACCUGUUGAUGUCAAAAUGGAGUAUGACGUGGCCACGCCUCCUAAACCUCCACCAGUGGAUAGAGAAGUGAAAGUGAAAGCAGGAGUUAAGAGGAAGAAGUCUCCAGCGUCUGAUGAUGGUGAUGAUGAGAAUGGAAUGAAAGAUGAAAACAAUGAUUGGGAGCUAGGAGCCAGGAGACAGUCCUGAUGAUGAUGAUGAUGAUGACUUUAAACCAGUCGCUAAGAAACCAAAGAAAUCAGUUUCAGAUGGUGAGAAAUGUUUGUUAAGAACAUUUUUUAAAUGGUCAUAACUCAAAAA